AUGGGCGUACAGAAGGCAAUUGACCUUGUCUUUUUCGAAUUCCAGACGAUCGACAAAGCGGUAUGCACGGAAGAUUCAGGAGCAGCGAGACUGGAGGCGGUGCUGGUUGCGCUGGUAGAACGGAAGGCGCGUGCACUACACGCCGAGCAAAUGCGACGUCGCGCGCGCACGCAUCCGUUACUAUUGCUGUUACGCAACCAUUUACCAGACGAGGAGGCGUCAAUUGUAGACAGCCCCGGAGAUGGGGUACCUUCACACUGGUGCGAACAUGAGAUCGCUAGGUACAAGCGUAAGAAGUUAAAAUUGCAGCUGCACAAUAAAAAUAUGAAGAAUCCAGAGUACUUAGAAAAGGAACGUCGUCGCCGCCGACGUAGACGCAGUCCUCACUCGCACUCACACUCCCAAAAGCCCAAGAAACAUCGCACCUUACUUGUGUCUGCGAUAGACGAACAAGCGAAAGUCAUACAUGUUUUGGAUCCGGAUGAACUACCGCGAAGAGCGCGCUACACAAUAAUGGUGACGGCUUGCUUAUUGCUCUUUCUCUGCCUGUUGCUGGUUGGUGUUACACUGAGAAUGGCGCCUCUCAUAGAUGACAUGGGUAAGUAA